AUGAUUAUAUAAUAGUAACUUUAGUAUUGCACGUAAAAGCUUGUGCAUUCAUUGUUAUAUUAUAUUUUGCAUUAUAACUUUAGAAUUGUAAAUGAUGUUCCUUUUAUUUUCAGAGACUUGCUGAACGAAUCUUUUUUAAUACGAUUAGUUGGGUACAAUAUGUAAUAACAAUUGCUUUCCAUAACAACUACUUCAUUUGUUUAACGUACAGAAUUAUGAUUCAUAACAAACAUUUUAUCUGCAAUAGAUUCUAAUUUUUAUGUGUAUUUCACUUCAUAAAUGUAUAACGUAUAAAGUAGCAAUGCUGUGGAUUUAAAUUGUUUCAGCAUUAGUAAAUCAACUUAAUACUCUUACUUAAUAUUUAAUAAGAAUUCAUGCAGCCAUUAAAGUAAUAUUUAAUCAUGUCUAUGCUCGAAGAAGGACGCGUCGAUGAAGAGAGUAUUUCACGCUUGUCUACUCAAGAAUACGAUCCCGUACCACCACAAUUGAAAAAAGUAAAUGAAUUAUUAAAAUCCAUAAGUACACAGUUGGAAGACUGUGCUUUAGAAUGUCAAGCCAAAGUUUCGCAUCAACAAUGGAAAAUAUUUAGCUCCAAGACGGUCAUACACGAACCUUGGGAGGAAUCCGUAUUAGCCAGAACAUUUUUUUCUGAAAAAGUUUUGGAUGAAACCUUUCAAAACUUACUUUCAUGCAAUAAAUCUUUCUUGGAGCAACUUAACGAUUUCAUUGUGCUCCUACAAAAUAAGCAACCUAAUUUAUCGAUCUCGGAGAAACAAGAUGUACCAAUGUACUGUCCAGAUAUAACUGCGAGUCAAAUAUCAAUGUGCAAGCCAAUUGCAGAAACGCUCGAUCUUUCGUUGCUAAACUAUGCAAACUCAAAUGUUUUAAGAAAAGAAGGGAACCACUUUCAUACUCAUUUCCUUGGAAUUAAUAAUUCGUUUGCCGAUGUUAUCAAGGCCAAAAUCAAUUUUGAUACUAAGUUUUUAGGAUUUGAAGCAGUGUUACAUAAAACAUCAACUACAUCACCAAGUGAUGUUUCUUGUCUUUGCAAAAUUUGUUCAAACGAUAGUGUAAGGCAGAAGAGGAAAAUAGAAAAAUUGACAUUGGAUAAGAAACAAAAGAAGAUGAACGAUCGGAUAAUAAGACAAACGAAAACAUCGAAGUGGAAACGAAGUACUAGAUCUAAAAAAAGUUUUAUUCGAAGACAAGGAAAAAAGCAGUCAGCAUCUCUUGGCGAUGGUGAUCGAUCAAAUGCAAUAUGCAAAAGAAAGAAAUGAUGCCACUAUGAUUUUUAUUUACAUAUAUAU